AUGUCGCGAUCCGGUCGUGAAAUACUGCACCGGUCGCUGACCGGGAAGAACACCAACCCUCUUCGCAAUGUCAUAUACGUAGACAAGGGACUAGUAGUUCUGAACAAGCCUAGUGGUCUUAUAUGUCAGACCAGUCACGCCCGUAAACAACCCGAUACAGCUGUGCGUGCAACCAACCCAUCCCUUGUGGUCGAACUCGGAAUGUCAACCCCUCCAUAUCCAGUACAUCGUCUCGACAAGCCUACUACCGGAGCCCUCAUCCUCGCGCGGACACCCCACAUGGCCCGGGACCUCUCCGCGCAGUUCCGUACGCGCACCGUUUCGAAGACGUACCUCGCCCUCGUCCGCGCCGGGGCACAGACUUUCCCAGCUAGCAAUGGAGAAAUCCGGACACCGCUGGACAACGUGGAUGGCAGGGUAUCUGUUGCUCACGAAGGAAGCGCUACUGGCAAGCCCGCUGCGACGGACUGGGAGCUCGUGGCUUCCGCGGAAAAGGCGCCGAUAUCUUUACUGCGGCUGAGGCUUCACACUGGGCUAAAACACCAGCUCCGAGUCCACCUCGCCCAAGUCCUCCAAGCUCCCAUCCUCGGCGAUACCAUACACUCGACAACGUCGCCCAUCAUCGACAUACCUUGCGACCGGCUAUUCCUCCACUCCUCCCACAUCUCCUUCUUUCGAUACCGCCCCGAAGGCCCGAGCAGGCGAUUCCGGUUCGGCGUGACCGCGCCGCUACCAAAAGAUUUUGCAGACAUAUGUCGAGUUCUGGGGAUAUCGCUGAAGAAAGAGGACAUCACUGGCGGCAUUUACAUCGACGGCCAGCAAGUUGAAAAUGGAGAAAUCCCUGACCUUCAAGGGCGUUGGUGGUCGCCUCCUUGA